AUGAAGCUCCCAUCCACCAUCCUUCCCGUUAUCCAACCCUUUCUCUCCCUCCUUCUCUCCCUCCCAUUCCCUCUCCUCCUUCUAACACUCGCCUCCCUUCCCCUGGCUUCCGCACAGCUCGACAAGUACGCCAAACUCGCCGGCCUCUCCUACUUCGGCACAGCCGUCGACAACCCUCGUCUCUCCAACGAGCAGUACAUGUCUGUGCUUCAGGGGUCUGGCGAGUUUGGUUCGCUGACCCCCAUCAAUGCGCAGAAAUGGAAGAAUAUUGAGGAGGUCCAAGGGGUAUUCACUUGGACGGAAGCCGAUGCUGUAGCAAAUACGGCAAAAGCUGGAGUGGGAGGGACAAAGACACUGAGGUGUCAUACCAUGGUUUGGUAUAAGGGGUUGCCUUCUUGGGUUGAGACGACGUAUUCUCGCGCCGACAUGGAAAAGAUCCUCACCGCACACAUCCAGAAUCUGGCGUGGCACUUCAAGGGGCGGUGCUAUGCUUGGGAUGUGGUGAAUGAAGCCAUCGACGACAACGGAGUGUUCAGGCAAAGUCCAAUGUACAAAGCAAUGGGCCUGGACUUCAUCACUUUCUCCUUCAACACCGCGGCCAAAGCCGACCCCAGCGCCAAGCUCUACUACAACGAUUACGCGCUCGAAUCCCCCUCCCUCUCUCCCGGCCCCAAAAUCUCCAUAACCCUCGCCAUGCUCCGCACCGUCAAGGCCCAAGGCGGCACCAUCCACGGCGUCGGCUUCCAAUCCCACCUCAAAGUCGGCCUCGUCCCUUCCCGCGCCGAGAUCGUCAGCACCAUGCAGCAGUUCCUGGAGGCGGUGGAUGAGGUGGCGAUCACGGAGCUGGAUAUCCGACACAGCCCGCUGAAAUUGCCGAGCACGAGGGCGAUGUGGGACGCGCAGGCGCGAGACUAUGGAGAGGUGGUGGGCGCUUGUUUGGAGGUUAAUAAGGGGUAUGGAGGCGGGAGGAAAUGCGUGGGGGUGACGGUGUGGGAUUUCACGGACAAGUAUUCGUGGGUGCCGAGCGAGAUUCCGACGGAGGGGGAGGCGUGCAUGUGGGAUAAUAAUUAUGUGAAGAAGCCGGCAUAUUGGACGGUGUUGAAUUUGUUCAAGGCGUAUGCGGCGGGCGGGUCGAGGAGGCGGGCGGGGAUGGAUGGAGUGGAUGGUGGGAAUGGGACGCUAUCGGAAUGGGCCUCGGAGGCGGCAGCACACCGCGGGCCUGAGGCUCUUCCUGGGAUUGGAAGGGAAGAAGGGACGAAGACGGUUGUAGCGACUACGCUUGCGACGGUGAGGAGAGUUAGGCCGACUGCUAGGCCAAAGGAGUGA